AUGGAAGGACUUUUUAUCAGGCAGUCCUCAAUGCUCCCCGUGAGCCUGCGGAUGCCACUCGCGAUGGCCCCUUUUGGUGGCUGGGGAGCGCUCGCAGCCUUUCUCUCCCUGCUCUGCUGCCGAGGGUCUGGUGAGAAGGCGUUCGAGGGGCCAGAGCAACUGAUGGUGGGGUCUGGAGAGUUUCAGUUCAUUAACUGUACUGCCAGUUGUACGGACCCCAAGAGACUUGUUCUGGAGACAGCCCUAAACAAGACUCUCCUGGAGAGCCAGACUCAGUGGAAGCUGUUCAAGGUCUACAACAUCUCCAAGGAUGAGGAGCUCCUGUGUAGCUCCACCUGCGGCGGCAAGCAGGAGACGAAAGUUUUCCACAUCGCCGUGUUCUACCCUCCAAAGCAAGUGCUGCUGACGCUGUCGCCCACCUCAGUGGCCGUAGGGACACUGUUCACCAUCGAGUGCAGGGUCCCUGCUGUGGCCCCCCUCGAAUGCCUCAUUGUCACCCUGCUCCGUGGUCCUGAGAUCUUGUGCAAUCAGACCUUUGUGUGGACAACACUUUCCCCCCAAGAUGCCGUGGUCACCCACAACACCACAGCUCACAGGGAAGACGGCCUCUAUAACUUCUCAUGCAAGGCCCAGAUGGACCUGCGCUCUCGCGGCGGUGGCCUCGUCCACAGGGUCUCAGAUCCCCAGAGGCUUGAAGUCAAAGAGCCUGUGCCCAACAACCAGACGGUGAUCAUCGCAAUCGUGAUAGUGCUGCUGCUCCUGUUUGUGACAUUUGUCCUCCUGUGCUUUGUCUUCGGCCAGAAGUGGUUCCGGGGGCGGACAGGUCAUUACGGUGUGUAUGCCACUUGGAGGAGGCUGAUAGGGAGCCACCGGGCACCGCCUCUAUGA